AUGAGCGGCAUCAAUUGCAUCACCUUCCACGGGCGGUGCAUUUCACACUUCUCCCGGCUUGAACCAUCCCAUACUCUACUCGAUAACGUUGAUGUUUUUUGCCAUUCCAAUGCGUUUGACAACCGCCGAGCGUUCCCCGCCCCCGAUUACACCUCUUCCUUCUUUCUCCAAUGCCGACAACACGUGCCUCCGCAGCAACUACACAGCAAGCCCUCCCAGCAGAUAUACGACGACCUGGUCGACGCCGUCACGAAGAGCACGAGCAAGAGGGCAGAGAUGAUGCUGAUGGACAUCUUCGUCAUCGCUUUGGAGUACAUCAAGAGUGUUGCCCUCAGGCGCAUGACACUGACCCACCCGGUCUCCGCCGACGACGUGACGUGGGUGUUGACGGUGCCCGUCUGCUGCAGCGAGCCGGCCAAGCACUUCAUGAGGGAGGCCGCGACGAAGGCCGGCUUCAUCAAAGGCGGAAGCGACGACGAGGAUCUCGUUCUGUGCAUGGAGCCAAUCGCCGCCUGCCUGGCCCUUGGAGACAGGCUGCAAUGGAGGAUGGGGGACAGGUACCUGGUGAUCGACUGCGGCGGCGGCACGGUGGACAUUUCCGCGUUCGAGGUGAUCAGCAGCGCACCGCCGAGCCUCGAGCAGCUUGGAGAGGCGAGCGGCGGGCCGUGGGGGUCCACGAACGUGGACAGGCAGUUCGAGGCUUACCUGAAGGCGAGCGGUGAUUUCGUGCUAUCCGUUGCUCAAGAAGCCGGGGCAAGGGCCCUGGAAAGCUUCUUCGCCAGCUCGGCCUCGUACCGGAUUAACCAGGCUUGGGAAAGAGCCAAGAUCGGCUUGCGAAGCCUUGACCACGACUGCCGGAUCGACCUGAGCGAGUUGAGCCGUGAGCCGUUGGAGGUGACGAAGGACGAAAUGGACGAAGGCCGGAGACUCAAGAACAUAGGGGGCACGGAGUUCGUCGGCGGCCAUGGGACGUUUGAACUCGUCUUGCGACCAGCCUUGCUCCGCAAGUUCUUCAACAACCAGUGCGAGAAUAUCUCUGGGGCCGUGUCGGAGCAGCUCGAGAGGCCACACCUGCAGGGCCUCUCGGCCGUGGUUAUGGUGGGCGGAUUUUCGGGCAGCGUGCACGUUCAGGAGGCCGUCAGGGCGUGCGUGGCUCGAAGGUACCCCGACGGGAGCGUCCAGGUUUCGAUUCCAAAGUCUCCGGACCUGGCGAUUGUUGAAGGCGCGGCCCACUUCGUUUCGGCUCCCCUCCCCUCCGGCGCCGUCGGCCUCGAUGGCCAGCAGCUCCCGGCCGCGCCCCGGUUCGCCGCGGUCACCUCGGCGAACUCGUACGGGAUCGUGGUCUCUGAGACCGGGGGGGGCGUCGUACCCGCGUUCUUCGACCCCUUCUUCCUCAAGGGCCAAGGCUACGAGAUGAACCACACGGUGACGAAGAACUACGUAAUUCAGAACGACAUCCCGUUCACGUUAUCGGUCAGCUCUUGCGCUAGCCCGCACGUACAUCCGGGCUGCAACCGGUUGGCGGACAUCGGCGGCCUGACGUCGCUGCAGCGCCAGGAGUUCUCGGUGCCGCCACCGCCUCAGGUCGUGGAUGUCGGUUGUUGUGGCAUGAAGAAACCCAACGCUCGGACAGAGCCAGGAAAGACCGAGAUCAACGUGGAGUUUUCCUUGAUCGGGAUCGAGCUUCAUGCCCGCGUGAAAUCGGAUACUGGCCAGGUAAUGCUGCAGCAAGCGGUACCCUUCCUUCGCCACGAGGGCGGGCCCCCGCCUUAUGCAAGCUUUUAGCCUUCAGUCUGUGUCUUGUCCAAAGGGGGGAAUCCUUACGGCUGAGACUCGCAACCAGCAAGGCUGUGCUGUCUUCAUGGAGCUUGCAGCUGGUAUCGCUAGGUCACGUUUCGCGUCACAUUUUUCACCUCCCCCUGUAUCGAAUUGCCCGAACAAGCGUGAAUUGGCAGGUUGCCGUGGUUGGUCUUGUUGAAAGUGACACUCCUCUAACACAUGAGCCGAAGAGCAGGCCUGCUAUAAUACUGUUGGAGAUUGCAACGCAGGAUUACCCUAGAUGGGAUGUCACAUUUGUUUUCUGUCAACGCCGUAAAGAAACCAGCUGUAAUUAUAGCUCCCCGGGAUAGUGAUAUCCUCCCAAAGAACUUUUGGGUGCUGUCCAGAUGUCGGGCGUACCUUUCGCCGGGUGUCGCGAGUCGCUCCCGCGUAUUUGUUGUUCGUCGGGUACACGACGUUCGGAAAAAGCGCGCGGAGAUCGGUUUUUGAUGUGGGUUGGCGAGUCUCGUGCAGCAUGGUUGUCUAAGCGAUUCGUUUAGAUAAGGGAUAAGCGUCCGUUGGUGGGUACCCGAAUGAUUGCGAAUGAUCCGAGUGCCAGCUUCUUUUGUUGACGGCAAACCAAUGCUCAUGUAAAUGUUCAAAUUCGUGGGCCUUUCUUCUGCGCGUGGGGUGCUGAACAAGCGGGUGUGUCGUACAACCAUACCUUUGGGACACGUUAGCUGAGGGUGUUUCGGGCGACGAGAAGUGUUCAUAUAUUUUCCGAAACAAGUUAUUUUUGCUCAACGAAGGCGUGCCUACCGGCGGAAAAAUACGCUGGUAUUUUCCAUUGUUCUGGGUUAAAGAAACUUGAGGCGGGGGGCCGUUAGCGUGAAUUUUCUUAGGCGGCGUGAAACGUUCGUCGAAUGACCCACAAUCGUUACCUGUUAUCGUCAAAUGCGUCGAACCACAAAGAGUUGAACACCAGCACAGCGAGAGCCACUGGAGGCACGAGAAAACAAAACUUCGAUCGGUACGACCUGAGGACCUGUACUAUUCGUUGCCCUAGUCUCGUGCCUGAAACCUGUCACCAAUGCGCUUGGCGUUUUCAGAGGACACACCCGGGUGCGAGAGAUGAGUCAGUUGAUGCUCAUCUUUCUAUCUCUUCACACUCCGCGCAUCGUGCUGUGCGGCAUGACAGACCUCGUGCGGAGCAUCCCGCAUCAAAAUUUCCAUGGUAGUGUGUGGGGCGUUGCCAUUGCUUCUGAUUGCGUGCGCCCAUUGGGGCCAAGUCGACGAUCGCGGUGCGAAACUUCCUCUGUUGGUCUCAGUGCGGGAAGGUGGGUGUGUACGAGCUUCAGGCCAAGAUGUAUAAUUCGGGGUAUUUCUGACGAACAAUUGGGCACGUGGUCCUCUACGUGCUCUUUAGUCUAGAGUAAGAGAGAACGGUGACCUUAAAUAUUCACUCGGAAUUUGCCGCCACCUUCAGCGGCUGAAUAAUUUUCCCGAACACGACGUGCUUCGCAUGCAGGGCAACAACCGGUGUUGGCGCAAACU